GGAAAUUGAUGAAAAUUACGAAGAGAAGUAGUAAAGUUUAGUAACAAGAAUCCAAACAGUUUGGACCCAACCGCAAUUAGCGCUCUUCUUCACCAUUCACAAUUUGCUUUCUAAAUCAUCAAUCUCACUCUCUUCUUCAACCAAAAACCCUAAUUCUCCAUUUUCCUCUCCUAACUUCUUCGAUCGGAUUCGUUUUCCAUUUUCAAUUCACUCGCCGAUCUGAUUCAUCGAUUGUUUCCUCAUUCGUUCGAUCAGCGUUGCGCGGUUUUUCCUUUUUCAGAUCAGCCUAUUGUUUCAAUGCUUGCUGUACUUGUGGCUAAGAUUCAUGGUAUUUCGAUAGGUUAUGGUUGGAAAACCAGGGUUAAAGGUGUUUACGUUUACGAUUUAGUUUGAUUUUUUUUUAAAUCUCUUUCUCUGUACGUGACGGAUUUACGAUUUUGGACAUGAGAAGCUCUUUGUUGAAUAAAUUGUGGAUGAUUUUCGGCCCUAAACCAAAAUUAAACUGGUUAAUAUUGACUGUGAUUACUGUUCUGGCUCUGAUUACAUUGUUUGGUUCUUCAUCUUCCAAUGCAAUUGAUUCCUCGCCUCGGAGACCGGCUUCUCUCAUCUACACAAACUACAGGAGGAUAAAGGAGCGUGUAGCGGUUGAUUAUUUGGAGCUGAAAUCUGUUUCCAGUGGUGGUUCAAGGCAAAAGGAAUUAGGACUUUGUGGAAAAGAAAGGGAAAAUUACGUGCCAUGCCACAAUGUGACUGCAAAUUUGUUGUCUGGAUUUGAACAGGGUGAGGAGCUGGAUCGGCACUGCAAAUUGUUGACGGAAGAAGACCGGUGUUUGGUUCGUCCUCCAAAGGAAUACAAAAUUCCGUUGCGUUGGCCCAGUGGCAGAGAUAUUAUAUGGAGUGGGAAUGUGAAGAUAACCAAAGAUCAAUUUCUUUCAUCUGGAAGUAUGACCAAAAGGUUGAUGCUACUAGAAGAGAAUCAAAUUGCCUUUCACUCAGAGGAUGGUUUGAUCUUUGAUGGGGUGAAAGACUACUCUCGCCAAAUUGCAGAGAUGAUAGGGCUAGGAAGUGAUACUGAACUUCCUCAAGCUGGUGUUCGAACUAUACUGGACAUUAAUUGUGGAUUUGGUAGCUUUGGAGCUCAUUUGUUGUCACUUAAAAUAAUGGCGGUUUGUGUUGCGGCAUAUGAGGCAACUGGCAGCCAAGUUCAAUUGGCUCUUGAGAGAGGUCUCCCUGCUAUGAUUGGCAACUUCAUUGCAAGACAGCUUCCAUAUCCAUCAUUAUCAUAUGACAUGAUUCACUGUGCUCAAUGUGGCAUCAUUUGGGAUGAAAAGGAUGGAAUGUUCCUCAUAGAAGUUGACCGUGUUCUUAAACCUGGAGGAUAUUUUGUUUUAACAUCACCUACAAGCAAGCUACCAGGUUCAUCAAGGGAGAAAAAGAGAAUCACGUUGAACCCGAUGGAAGAGCUGACUCAGCAACUCUGUUGGACGCUCCUAGCUCAGCAAGAUGAGACUUUCAUCUGGCAGAAGACAGCUGACCUUGAUUGUUAUGCAUCUCGCAAGCAGCAUGCUAUUCAACUAUGUAAAGAAGCGGAUGAUACUCAAUCAUACUACAAGCCUCUUGUACCAUGUAUUAGUGGUACAUCUAGCAAGCGCUGGAUUGCCAUACAGAACAAAUCCUUUGAUUCUGAAUUUAGUUCAGCUGAGCUUGAAAUUCAUGGAGUUCAGCCUGACGAGUUUUAUGAAGACAUGCAUUUUUGGAGGUCAGCUGUCGAUAAUUACUGGUCCCUGCUUACACCGUUAAUUUUCUCUGACCAUCCAAAGAGACCCGGAGAUGAAGAUCCACUGCCUCCAUAUAACAUGAUCCGCAAUGUUAUGGACAUGAGUUCUAAUUAUGGGGGUUUGAAUGCUGCACUGCUGGAGGAGAAAAAAUCAGUGUGGGUCAUGAAUGUUGUUCCUGCCAGGGCUUCUAAUGCACUUCCUCUCAUACUAGAGAGAGGUUUUGCUGGUGUUAUGCAUGACUGGUGUGAACCUUUCCCCACCUACCCACGAACCUAUGAUCUCCUUCACGCAAAUGGACUUUUGUCACAGUUCAUUUCAGAACGGUGCAGCAUGAUAGACUUAUUCUUGGAGAUGGAUAGGAUACUACGGCCAGAGGGAUGGAUCAUUCUUUCUGAUACAGUGGGAACAAUUGAGAUGGCUCGCACGCUUGCAACUCAAGUACGUUGGGAAGCAAGGAUAAUUGAUCUUCAGAAUGGCAGUGACCAGCGUCUACUUGUUUGCCAGAAAUUAUUUUUGAAAAAAUGAUUGAGCACUAAUAUAUCUCACUAAUCACCAUGACAGAUGAACACAAUUUUUUUGCUCUGGGAAUGGAUUGUUUAAUUGCCACGUGUAUAUAUAGAGCUCAGAGCCUUGACUUCAAUCUUUACCACAACUUGGUCAAGAGAUUGAAGAAGCUGUAGAUUGUGAAGGUUCAUGUUGAAUUUAGCUACAGUUCUUUUUUAUCUUUUUGUCAAGGUUGUUUGUAGUAAUUCAUUCAUCCAAUAUCUUGUUAGCAUUUUUUAUUCUUCUUUAUUUCUUUAUUGAUCAUUGGAAUUAUAGCAUUUUGUUGAACAAUCACCAGUUUUUGAGAAAGAAUGUGAAUGGCCACGAAAUUUAAUGAAA